UUGAAAUUUUUUAAAAAUUUUUCUUCGUCAAAAAGUGUGCGGCUUCCCUUUUCAAAAGAACUAGGGUUUAGCUCAAACGCGAGAAUCAGAGAAAUAUUUUGACGAAGGAAGGGUGUGAAGUCUAGUAUUGGACGCCAAGAUGCAGGCUUGUGGUGGAGCUGCAGUGAGGGGUUCGGUUCAACAGCCUAUUUGGACCAAGGGAUCAAAUUUUAUUCCAAAAGGGUCCAGUGUUGUUGGAUUUCCGCAACAUGUAAAAGUCAAUUCGCUGAAACCCUGUAGGUGUUCUCGUAUUGAAGGAAGUUUGGUUACUGGGAGGCCACCUUCUUCUGUCCCUGUGCCUGAAAUUGGAGGUAAUGGAAGCAGCUUUGUAGACCAUGGCUUGAGUGAAGCUGAUCCUGAAGUCCGUUCAAUUAUUGACAAGGAGAAGGAGAGGCAGUUCAAAAGCCUUGAGCUUAUUGCCUCAGAGAAUUUUACGUCUCGAGCAGUGAUGGAAGCAGUUGGCUCAUGCCUGACAAACAAGUAUUCUGAAGGACUACCCGGUAAAAGGUACUAUGGUGGCAAUGAGUACAUAGAUGAGCUUGAGACACUGUGUCAACAAAGGGCUUUGGAAGCAUUUCAAGUGGAUGGAAAGAAGUGGGGUGUUAAUGUUCAGCCGUUGUCUGGUUCUCCUGCUAACUUUGAGGUUUAUACAGCGAUAUUAAAGCCUCAUGACCGGUUAAUGGGUUUGGACUUACCCCAUGGGGGGCAUUUGUCUCAUGGCUUCAUGACUCCUAAAAGACGGGUAUCGGGCACAUCAAUUUAUUUUGAGUCUAUGCCUUAUCGACUUGACGAAUCUACAGGUCUUGUUGAUUAUGACAUGCUUGAAAAAACUGCUAUUCUUUUUCGACCAAAACUCAUUAUUGCCGGUGCUAGUGCUUAUCCUCGAGAUUUUGACUAUCCUCGCAUGAGGAAGAUUGCCGAUUCUGUUGGUGCUUUUCUCAUGAUGGAUAUGGCUCACAUUAGUGGACUUGUUGCUGCUUCUGUUGUUGCUAAUCCUUUUGAAUAUUGUGAUAUUGUGACCACAACAACACACAAGUCUUUAAGAGGUCCAAGAGGUGGCAUGAUCUUCUUCAAGAAGGAUCCUGUUCUCGGAGUUGAUUUAGAAUCUGCCAUCAACAAUGCAGUUUUCCCAGGUUUACAGGGAGGUCCUCAUAACCACACAAUUGGAGGACUUGCAGUUUGCUUGAAGCAUGCACAGUCUCCAGAGUUUAAGGCUUACCAGAACAAGGUGGUUUCAAAUUGCAGAGCUCUUGCUAGCCGAUUGACCGAAUUAGGAUAUAAGUUGGUUUCUGGUGGUAGUGAUAAUCACUUGGUUCUUGUUGAUCUAAGGCCACUGGGUAUCGAUGGGGCUCGGGCGGAGAAGAUUCUUGACUUGGCAUCUAUUACCCUUAAUAAAAAUUCAGUGCCUGGUGAUAAAAGCGCACUCGUGCCAGGAGGCAUUCGCAUCGGAUCACCUGCUAUGACAACUAGAGGAUUUUCAGAGAAAGAAUUUGUAGCAAUUGCAGACUUCAUUCAUGAGGGUGUGCAGAUAACCCUGGAAGCUAAGCGAUUAGUCUCAGGGUCAAAGCUCCAAGAUUUCAUGAAGUUUGUAGCAUCCCCUGAUUUCUCUUUGAUGGAUAAAGUGUCGGAUCUGCGCCGGAGAGUCGAAGCUCUUACAACCCAGUUCCCUAUCCCUGGGGUAUAAGAUAAUGAGAAUCCAAAAUAAUAGCUAAAUUAACUUAUGUUACAACUGUCUUAAUAGAUGUGUCGGCUUGAUGAGAAAUUUUGAAAUUGGGGAUUGAAGCUACUACUUUAUAUAUCCCUACUCUUUUUUGUU